UUGCUGGCUCUGCAGCCGCGACCACUGGAGCUUCAGCGGGCGUUGCAGCUAGAGUCUGGCGACUCACCCCUGAGUUGGCCUGGCCCGGGAGAGUGUGCAGGGGGAUUGCGGCGGGCGCAGCCCUGAGCACCGUAGCACGCCCCUGCACUUAACUGGGCUCGCUGCCGUCACUAAGACUCACCUAGCUGCUGCUUCUGACAGGGGCCGCGCGCGCGCGGGAGUCGGCCGGGCUGCGGCAGCCGCACCUGCGCGGGCGGCCAGCGUAGGGUCCCAGCCCGGCUGGGCAGGCGGCGAGAGUCCGGGAGCGGCUACGGAGGCGGGGGACACCUCCUCACCCUGACGCCGCCGUUGGGAAGAUGUCUCAGGAGAGGCCCACGUUCUACCGGCAGGAGCUGAACAAGACUAUCUGGGAGGUGCCCGAACGCUAUCAGAACCUGUCCCCUGUGGGCUCCGGUGCCUAUGGCUCCGUUUGUGCUGCUUUUGACACAAAAUCUGGGUUACGUGUGGCAGUGAAGAAGCUCUCCAGACCAUUUCAGUCCAUCAUUCAUGCCAAAAGGACCUAUAGAGAACUACGGUUACUUAAACAUAUGAAGCAUGAAAAUGUUAUUGGUCUGUUGGAUGUAUUUACACCUGCAAAGUCUCUGGAGGAAUUCAAUGAUGUGUAUCUGGUGACCCAUCUCAUGGGGGCAGAUCUGAACAACAUUGUGAAAUGUCAGAAGCUUACAGAUGACCAUGUACAGUUCCUUAUCUACCAAAUUCUCCGAGGUCUAAAGUAUAUACAUUCUGCUGAUAUAAUUCACAGGGACCUAAAGCCUAGCAAUUUAGCUGUGAAUGAAGAUUGUGAACUGAAGAUCCUGGAUUUUGGACUGGCUCGGCAUACAGAUGAUGAAAUGACAGGCUAUGUGGCCACCAGGUGGUACAGGGCUCCUGAGAUCAUGCUUAACUGGAUGCAUUACAACCAGACAGUUGAUAUUUGGUCAGUGGGCUGCAUAAUGGCCGAGCUGUUGACUGGAAGAACGCUGUUUCCUGGUACAGACCAUAUUGAUCAGUUGAAGCUCAUUUUAAGACUCGUUGGAACCCCAGGGGAUGAGCUUUUGAAGAAAAUCUCCUCAGAGUCUGCAAGAAACUACAUUCAGUCUUUGACCCAGAUGCCGAAGAUGAACUUUGCUAACGUAUUUAUUGGUGCCAAUCCCCUGGCUGUCGACUUGCUGGAGAAGAUGCUUGUAUUGGAUUCAGACAAGAGAAUCACUGCAGCCCAAGCCCUUGCUCAUGCCUACUUUGCUCAGUACCACGAUCCUGAUGAUGAACCGGUGGCUGAUCCUUACGACCAGUCUUUUGAAAGCAGAGACCUCCUUAUAGAUGAGUGGAAAAGCCUGACCUACGAUGAAGUCAUCAGCUUUGUACCACCCCCACUUGACCAAGAAGAGAUGGAGUCCUGAGAACCUGAUUUCUGUUCUGUUGAUCCCACUUCACUGUGAGGGGAAGGCCUUUUCAUGGGAACUCUCCAAAUAUCAAUCAA